GGGCGGAGCGUCUCGCUCUGCUGCAGUCAAGCGUCCAAGAACACUCGGCCUUGGUGCACGUCACGUAUCCACACGCCUUUCUAUAAGACUGCACCGGUUCAGACAGCCCAGUUCCAAAACUCUCCGCCAUGUCGAUAAUACGCUCAAAGUCCGCUCCAACUCUCGAGAUUCCGUCGGGGCUCGUUGUUCGCGAUGCCGGUACCAUGACCCCGCCCAUUGGUCCCCGGAGGGCUCCUCGUCGCAGCAAGCAGCGACUGGCAUCAACAACCGUGUCCAGUCCGCUUCGCUCACCCCUCGAGACACCUCGAGAAGAGGACCCGUUCAAUAUGGGUGGCUUCUUCCCCGCCCAUGUGAGCGCCCUGUCCGAGGAGGACGAGGAAUGGAGCUGGUUGCAUCGUGCGGAGCCCGAGAAGGAGAGCCACGCGGCGCAACACAGCAGGUAUCCGCUGUUCUCCCCAGUGGACUCGGAGGGGGAGUCCUCGGUACCUGCGACGCCGAAAGACCUCGAGUUCGAACUCGAAGAACAGGCGAAGAAGGUGCUCCAGGAAGAAGAUAAACUCGGGAUUCUGCACCUUGGCAACAUGUUUGUUGGUGAUGCUCAGUCUAGGCUCGACGAGCAGCAUCUGCUCUCCCCUUAUACCGGUGACCAGCCUGAGAACGAUGAUGCCCUGUACAACGGGCUGCGCGCCCUUCGGUGUGCAUACAGCGUGCCAGACGCGAAAAAAGCCGAAGACUACAAACUUGGGGAGCUCUUCCUCCCAGAGAGCGGGGUCGAGGAGCCGCGGUCUGCUAGAUGGGUCUCAUCACUUUCUCGAUGGCUAUGGGCUUGAAGAAGUUGGUUUCGGUUCUGGAAUAGGGUGGCUUUCUGUUGGAAGCUGUCGCACUUCAUAAAACUGGGUAACGUGUACGGAUAAUUGUUAUGACCUGUAUGACAUGAUACGACUUUGGAAGAACUGUAUAUCUAGGCUGUAUGUCAGAAGAGCUUUAGUAACCGCACACCGCAGUUCUACCGC